CCAACUGUUUUUCUUAUCAUUUUAAAUUCUUUUGUUACAAGUGACAUAUUUUUUAACAAAAUCAAGUAUCUACCUAUAAAUGGAUAUAUACCCAAGCAAAUAGCAUGCAAUCUCUACUGCACUGCUGACAUAUUCAGCAUAUUCUAAAACGUUUCCACAAUGCGGGCCUUAUGCAUUGUGGUAAUCGUCUGCCUGGUCGGUUGGUCUAACUCCCAAAAGUGCCCAGCUCGGUACCGAAGAUUUUCACCGCGACAUUCCUUUUGCCUGCCACCCAACCCGACAUGCGAAAUCCAGCGCACGGGUGUCUCCGAACAAGACAAGGAGCUCAUCCUCAGACUGCACAAUCAAUUCAGAAGCAAAGUUGCGAUGGGAAAUGAACACAGGUCUUUAGGAGGCAGCAUGCCUCAAGCAGCUGACAUGCUUCAGAUGGUAUGGGAUGAGGAACUCGCUGCUGUUGCACAGAAAUGGACAGAAAACUGCAAUUGGGGACAUGAUUGCCAAGAAUGUAGAGCAGUUGAAAACUUUGGUGUCGGGCAGAAUCUUUUUAUUCAGGAUUGGACACCAUGUGACGGUCAUGGAUGCAUACAACUGAGCAGCGAACCUAAUUGGAGACUAGCCAUAACGUUUCUGUAUGACGAAGUUAAAGAUUACAACAUAAACUGGAUCGAUAGUUUCAAACCACACAACGUACCCAAAAAAACAGGCCAUCUGACACAGCUCAUAUGGUCCAAAACAUGGAGAGUCGGGUGCGGAGUCUCAUAUUAUAAAAAAGGAGGAGAAAAUCAUCUAUAUUAUGCAUGCAACUAUGGCCCCGGAGGAAACAUUGAAACACAACCUGUGUACAAACAAGGACAGCCUUGCUCUGCUUGCCCAACAAAUACACAAUGUUCAACUACAAGUGAAAGAGCAAAUAGUUUCCCAGGACUUUGUAAAAUGGUAGACCCAAAUACAGCGCCAGCUUACCCAAAGAGCUCAAGAAGCCUUUUCCUCUGCGGUUCUAUGAAUAAUGAUAACAGCAACUGCGAAUAUGAAGGUGAAGGACAUGGCCAAUUGAAAUCAGUGCAUUCUGUUGGAGGCAACUACAGAUCCAUUGUGCUGAAUGGAGGACAGUCUAUCAAUUUCACAUUCGUCUCUCCUAUCGUACCACGUGGGAGCACAUCAUGCCUCUCUGUGAUUUUCCGAAAGGGUCCUCUAGAUGCUUCAAGGAAGGAUAGAAGUAAAUUCCAGGCCAAUUUCAAACUGGGUUUUGGCACUGUUCCGCCAAUGGAUAUCGACACGAAAACAACCGUUUUCAAACAAUUCAGAAUGGAACUCCAAUGGAGAAUGAAAACAAAACUCGGAUUUACUUUCUCCGUACCAAGAGGCGCAGGGAAACACGUUUUAGAUAUAGGAAGAAUCGAAGCUUUUGACGGAUCAUGCAGUUGAAGAAUUGUAAAAUUAAUUGGUGUCUGAUUUUUUAAAAUUAAAAUCUGUUUACUCUGUAAUAUAAUAUGAAAGUAAUAAAGAAUGCCUCUCUUGAA